UGCUGCGUGCCGCUGGAUCUACACUGCAUAGCAUCUGCGCAGCACACAGAAACGAAGAGGGUGAAUCAAACGUCGCAUCAGUUUUUAUGAAAAUGCCGUUUUCCGUUAACGGCGUCCUUGGCACGCUCGCGCUGCUGGUCCUGUGGCGGGCGGAGGAGCUCGCGGAAGCCUGCAGCUGCGCUCCGGUACACCCGCAACAGGCAUUCUGCAACGCCGAUGUAGUGAUUCGAGCAAAGGUUGUGGGAGAGAGAGAGGUGGAUUCUGGGAAUGAUAUCUAUGGGAACCCCAUCAAGAGAAUCCAGUAUGAUGUCAAACAAAUCAAGAUGUUCAAGGGGCCUAACGAGGACAUUGAGGCUGUCUUCACUGCUCCUGUGUCCGCUGUCUGUGGCGUUACCCUGGAUGCUACUGGCAAGAAGGAGUACUUGAUCUCAGGCAAGGCCGAAGCCGGUGGGCGCAUGCAUGUAACCCUGUGUGAUUACAUCAUGCUCUGGGACUCCUUGAGCAACACCCAGAAGAAGGGUCUUACCCAGCGCUACCAGAUGGGCUGUGAAUGCAAGAUUGUGCGCUGUCCCUCUUUGCCCUGCGAGAUCUCCGCUCCUGAGGAAUGUUUGUGGACGGACCUGAUGAUUGAGAAGCAGGUGCACGGACGCCAGGCCAACCACUACGCAUGCAUCAAGAGGUCGGAUGGCUCCUGCUCCUGGUACCGCGGCGUCACAUCGCCCAAGAAGGAGUUCCUGGACGGCGAGGAGCCUUAGUCACGUGGCACACCUGAAUGCCCACUGCACAGCCUGGCGAAAACAAAUGUAAACGAUUCCUUUGAAAUUUAACAAUAUCAGGCAAAGCGAUUUUUGAUAAGAAGGCUAAUGUGACAUAAAUUACGUGAUGGUCUGAAAACAAUCUUUAUCCUAUUUUUGUUGUCAGCAAGUAUUUCGGUCAGAGACAGCAACAUGAGGUCGCUUUCAGCCUCAGCCUUGCUCAACAUUAACUGACUCUGAAGAGGCUCAGAGGUUGUUUUCAGACACAGCUUCUGUAAAAAACAAAUCAAAUAGCAUCAUGAGACAUAGACUGGUCAAGUGAUGAUGCAACUUCCUCCUGAGGCUGGCGUCAGGAGGAUAUAAAUUCUCGGUGAGACAGAGCACUUCCUGCCCCACAAAGCUCUUUAGCAGCUCUGCUCUCCACCAAUCAAUCCCCGAUCUACGGACGAUCAUUCGUUACCCACCGUGUUUCUACUUUUAUUACCUCGUUCUCCAUUUUAUUCCAAAGCCAAAUUCCAAGUUGCCUUUUUUAAAUGACUGUCUCCCUCUCGCCAAAAUACUAUUACUUACCGCAUCUCUCAUCUCUGCUGAGAGCCGUUUGGCCACUGGUGAUGUUGGACGCCCACGACAAUGCUUAACUGUUUCCUUUAAAAAGAAACAUGAGUCAUCUUGUAUGGCUGAUCUUUUCUGGGGGGAUUUUUUUGUUGGUGAAAAUCAUUUCCUGUAGUUAUUUUAAUUGAAGCCUGUGGCCGUCACAGGCCUCACUGGACCAGUCUAUGCUGAGUGAAGAUGAGCACUCAAAAUUUAAACCUGCUCAUGAGGUAAACCAACACCUCCUCACUGCCCCACAGUCCAAUCAGAAAUAACCAAAUUUCUCACUCUUCCUCUUCACCCUCUCCCUUGUUAUCCCCACUAUGUAGCUGUACAGUACCUAUGCAUAUACUUUUGUUGUUACUUGAUAAUUAUUAUUUACUGCGUUAGAACUAGAUUUGCACUUUCUGAGGAUGAGUUCAAGUAAAGACAAGAGCCUGAGCACUCUGAUGUGACAGUAAUUAUUGUUCGCUCAGACCGACAGAUCCACUUCAGGUGCAGAUUUCGCGGAUUUUGAGUGCUUUUGGUGAUCCAUAUAUUUACAAACGCAAGCUUAUUCUUGCUAUCUUUGUCAUAACAGAUAAAAUAGUACUUGCAAUGAAAGAAAAACAAAUAAGUGGCGUGUGAGAGGUUCGAAUAUAAGGGAUCUUUUUGCAGAUUUUAUGUGUGAAAGAGAAACAAAAAGAGCUUGUGGGAUGUUAUUUCAGUGUCUUUGUAUUAUCUAUUGAUUGUAAAUGCCAACAGCAGUUUCAUGAUUUGCCAAUAUAUUCUCGCAGACGGUUCAUAAUGAGUAAUACGGUCUUUACGUGCUUAAUGUUAGCUUUGAUUUGUCUUUCCUGCUCCUUCCAGUUAUUAAUGAAAGCUUUAUCGCUGUCAUAGAAAGCAAGUUACUCAAUCGAAGUUUACAGUGCUGUUUUAUACACCUCAAGCUACAUUAACUAAAAAAUACAGUAUAUAUAUGAUGGAGUAUUAGAGGCAUAAUUUAAAAUUAAAAAGUAAACUCUUUCCAUUUUCCAUUACUUUGUAUUUUUUCAGUGUUAUUAUACCUGUCAUGAUUUUUGUGUGUUUUUGCUGUCUUUGUCUACAAUGUCUUUAGCUGUAGUGCCGAGGUGAGAAGGUCCUCUUGCGCUGGAGUAACGUGAGAGUGAGAGAGCUUAAUCCUUUUGGAGAGGUGUAGAGAAACGAGAAAUGUGUACCAUGUGUGAAUAGAAGACUGUGCAUGUGUUUGAUGCUUUGUGUAAGUCCGGGCAAAGGACAAAAUAUUCAGUAUUAUCAAAUAAAAACCACAUGUUUGAAAGAAUAAA